UCAUCCUAGAUUCCCCAGACCCACCCACCCACUGUAGCUGUGUGUUCAAGCAAGCGGUGAUGAAGGAACAGCUCUAGCAGAGGCUGCUUUCGGGCGGGGGUGUGGGGGAGAAUGAAAUCUGUGGAUCCAAAUCUAAGCCGAGAGCCUUCACUUUCCACUGGGAAAACCCCCCCGUCCUCCGGUUAGCCUCCGCUCCAGACACAGCCAGCCGAGCUGAAGGUCUGUGGCGGGGUCGGGCUGCGCCAGCUGGACCCGCCCCGAGCUCCAUGGUUCGCCCAGCCCCGCGCGAUGGUGACUCUGGGCGCGGAGGGUGGCUAUGGGAGAGCCCGCAGAUCGCAGCAGCGUGAAGGCGGGGAGCGCGGCGGGCGGCGGGCGGCGGGCGGGGACUGUCUCCCCGACCUCAGCAUCCAGAGAAGCGGCUCAACCACCUGAACCCCGAAAAACGCCAACAAGUAGUUUCUCCUUUGAGGAGGGAGGCUUAGCUGGCCGCAGAGACUCCGUCCGAUUGCGGGAAGAACCUCGUCCACACGGAGACCCAAGCAGAUCUACUUUUCUCCCGGUCUCCUUAAGUCAUGUCUGAGCCACAGAGAUGGGCAAGAUCGAGAACAACGAGAGGGUGAUCCUCAAUGUCGGGGGCACCAGGCACGAAACCUACCGCAGCACUCUCAAGACCCUGCCUGGAACUCGCCUGGCCCUUCUCGCCUCCUCUGAACCUCAGGGUGACUGCCUGACUGCGGCCGGUGACAACCUGCAGCCGCUGCCCCCUCCGCUGUCUCCGCCGCCUCGACCGCCUCCCUUGUCCCCUGUCCCCAGCGGCUGCUUCGAGGGCGGCGCAGGAAACUGCAGUUCGCACGGUGGCAACGGCAGCGACCACCCUGGGGGAGGCCGCGAAUUCUUCUUCGAUCGCCACCCAGGAGUCUUCGCCUAUGUGCUCAACUACUACCGCACCGGCAAGCUGCACUGCCCCGCCGACGUGUGCGGGCCACUCUUCGAGGAAGAGCUCGCCUUCUGGGGCAUCGACGAGACCGACGUGGAGCCCUGCUGCUGGAUGACCUACAGGCAGCACCGGGACGCGGAGGAGGCCCUGGACAUCUUCGAGACACCUGACCUCAUCGGGGGCGACCCUGGUGAUGAUGAGGACCUAGCGGCCAAGAGACUGGGCAUUGAGGAUGCUGCUGGGCUCGGAGGACCUGAUGGCAAGUCUGGCCGCUGGAGGAAGCUGCAGCCUCGCAUGUGGGCUCUCUUUGAGGACCCCUACUCAUCCAGAGCCGCUAGGUUUAUUGCUUUUGCUUCUUUGUUCUUCAUUUUGGUUUCCAUCACAACCUUUUGCCUGGAGACACAUGAAGCUUUCAAUAUUGUUAAAAACAAGACAGAGCCAGUCAUCAAUGGCACCAGCGCUGUCCUCCAGUACGAAAUUGAAACGGAUCCCGCCCUGACGUAUGUGGAAGGAGUGUGUGUGGUGUGGUUUACUUUUGAAUUUUUAGUCCGUAUUGUUUUUUCACCCAAUAAACUUGAAUUCAUCAAAAAUCUCUUGAACAUCAUUGACUUUGUGGCCAUCCUCCCUUUCUACUUAGAGGUGGGACUCAGUGGGCUGUCUUCCAAAGCGGCCAAAGAUGUGCUCGGCUUUCUCAGGGUAGUUCGAUUUGUGAGGAUCCUGAGAAUCUUCAAGCUCACCCGCCAUUUCGUAGGUCUGAGGGUGCUCGGACAUACUCUCCGGGCGAGUACCAAUGAAUUUUUGUUGCUGAUCAUCUUCCUGGCUCUGGGAGUUUUGAUAUUCGCUACGAUGAUCUACUAUGCUGAGAGAGUAGGGGCUCAGCCUAACGACCCUUCAGCUAGUGAGCACACACAGUUCAAAAACAUCCCCAUUGGUUUCUGGUGGGCCGUGGUGACCAUGACUACCUUAGGCUAUGGGGAUAUGUACCCCCAAACAUGGUCAGGGAUGUUGGUGGGGGCCUUGUGUGCUCUGGCCGGAGUGCUGACAAUAGCCAUGCCUGUGCCUGUCAUUGUCAACAAUUUUGGAAUGUACUACUCCUUGGCAAUGGCGAAGCAGAAACUCCCAAGGAAAAGAAAGAAGCACAUUCCUCCUGCCCCUCUGGCAAGCUCACCUACAUUUUGCAAGACAGAAUUAAACAUGGCUUGCAACAGUACCCAGAGUGACACAUGUCUGGGCAAGGAAAACCGGCUUCUGGAACAUAACAGAUCAGUGUUAUCAGGUGACGACAGUACAGGAAGUGAGCCGCCAUUAUCACCUCCAGAAAGGCUCCCCAUCAGACGCUCUAGUACCAGAGACAAAAACAGAAGAGGGGAAACGUGUUUCCUGUUGACGACAGGUGAUUACACGUGCGCUUCUGAUGGAGGAAUCAGGAAAGGAUAUGAAAAAUCCCGAAGCUUAAACAACAUAGCGGGCUUGGCAGGCAAUGCUCUGAGACUCUCUCCAGUAACAUCCCCCUACAACUCUCCGUGUCCUCUGAGGCGCUCUCGGUCUCCCAUCCCAUCUAUCUUGUAAACCAAAACUGCAUCAAUCGGCUAAAUUUGAUCAAUACAACUACGGUUUACCCUGUAAUGGAAACAAUUAACUGUAGAGUUUCUCCAGGCUCCAUUAACAACAGUGUAGCUCCUGCAUGAUAUUACUAUUUGAAGUCAGAAAUGCUACUAGAGUAGCUAAAACAUCUUAUCCUGGCUUUAAAGAUGAUCUAAAUUAGUGCUACUACUCAAUACAAAUUGCCCCAGUUUCCUUUCGCAAUACAGUGACCAAUAGUGUCAGAUAUUGGCCAGUGCACUAAUGCAUAACCAUAUCUUCAGGGAGAUAUACUUUAAUAGUGUGCUUCUAAAUGCCAACCACUUUACUGGACCUUCAUUUCUUGUGACUCCAAACCAUUCUGAAGAUGUCUGGGAUCCUAUCUAGAUCGCAUAGAACAUUACUUUGGUCAGUUCAUUUGCAUGGACUACCGUGUCUCUAUCAUCUGAAUACAAUGUUGUAGAGUCCUGGGACUGCCACUGUGAAAGCACUAGGAGCCUGUUCUGCAUGUUGAAUUGUGGGGCAGGGAGGGGCGCCUUUCUCCUUGCUAUCUCCUACCCCUUCUUUGAUAGAAAUAUUUACUUUAAAUACCUUAAUUUCUCGAUUGAUUUAUUUUUCUUAAAAGAAAAUGCUGUAUUGGUGUUCUGAAUGUUUUUGAUUGUUUGUACACACAGAUAACUGCAAAGAGGUUGUCAUUACUGGUUACAUGAAAGCCGAGGCCAGAUCUCUUACUUAAUGACUUGGGGAAGGCACAAAACAUGAAAGAAAGGUAAUGGCUAACCAGGCUUGCAUCAUUUAGCCAAGAAUCACUGCUUGGUACUAGAGCCAUUUUCCCCCUUAUAAGCCCUAGAAUUUGUCAUUAUUUUCAGAGGUAGAGUGCCAAAUAUUACCCAAAGCUUUUGUCUUUUUUUCUUGCCUCUUUAUUUUUAUUUAUUAUUUUGUGUGAACAUUAAAAGUUACUGGUGUUCGCCAGAGGCUUUUUUGACUAGCCUUAAAAUUUGCAUCAAAGGACUAACCAGAAUUUUCAGGCUGUGUUUAAUCAGGUGCUUUGUACUGUGUGUUGUCUUCAUCUGUCUGUCUUAGCUCCCUGUCUUAACUGUAUAAGCUAUCUGUCUCCAUAGAGGGUAGACAUGCCCUGACUGUCUCUUUAAACUUAGUACCGACCUCCCUACCUCCCGCCCAUAUCUUCUCUGCUCCUUGGAGCAGCCUCUCUGCUUUGUAUGUAAAACUAAUGAUGCUCUGUAGACUACCUAAAUGAAUAGGCACUGUGAAUAUUUUUUUUUUCAUGAGCAGGACCGAAGCAGCAAUUCCACCAUAGUUCUCUGUUGCCUACCGCAGUGCUGAUUUCUGCUACCUAGCAAUCAGCAUUCAUCACUACUUUCCAGGAACCAUCCCUAGGGAGUAUUUUUUUUUUCAGUCUGGAGGGAAGAUAGUCUGUUUACACAUCCCUACCAAAUGCCAUAGCAAUAGUGUAUCUGAUAUUUUGCGUAUGUGAGGGAAGGAAAAUG